CUGAGAAGUCUUUAUUCAAUUACCAAGAGGAUCUAACUAAAGAUGUCAUUACCAGCUUCCUUUGACCUUACUCCUGAAGACGCUAAGUUAUUGUUAGCUGCCAACGUUCACUUGGGUUCCAAGAACGUUCAAGUUCACAACAAGCCAUACGUCUACAAGACCAGACCAGAUGGUGUCAACGUUAUCAACAUCGGUAAGACCUGGGAAAAGAUUGUCUUGGCUGCCAGAAUCAUCGCAGCUGUUCCAAACCCAUCCGACGUUGCUGUCUGUUCUUCCAGAACUUUCGGUCAAAGAGCCGUCUUGAAGUUCGCUGCCCACACCGGUGCUACCCCAAUUGCCGGUAGAUUCACCCCAGGUAACUUCACUAACUACAUCACCCGUUCUUUCAAGGAACCAAGAUUGGUUGUUGUUACUGACCCAAGAACCGAUGCCCAAGCCAUCAAGGAAUCUUCUUACGUCAACAUCCCAGUUAUUGCUUUGACUGACAUGGACUCUCCAUCUGAAUACGUUGAUGUUGCCAUCCCAUGUAAUAACAAAGGUAAGCACUCCAUUGGUUUGAUCUGGUGGUUGAUUGCCAGAGAAGUCUUAAGAUUGAGAGGUAUCAUCCCAGACAGAACCACCGAAUGGUCUGUCAUGCCAGAUUUGUACUUCUACAGAGACCCAGAAGAAAUCGAACAAAACGCUGCUGAAGAAGCCAAGACCACCGAAGACGUUGAAGAAGCUGCUCCAGUUGAUGCCGACGAAUGGACCGGUGAAACUGAAGAAGUUGACUGGGCUGAAUCUGGUGCCACCCCAGCUGUUGAAGACGCUGCUGCCAGCAACUGGUAAUUGUAAUUUAUUACUUUUUGAUAAAAUAAUAUAAUCGAAACAUAUACGGUUCGGCUUUUUAUUAUUCAUUCACUGUUUAAUACUUAUUAUUGGGGAGUAUAAAUUAUUUCUUAUCAUCUGCAAAAAUAAAUAAAUGAAAAAAAUGUAUCUGUAUAAAAUCUAUAAUAGAUAUGGUCAUCUCUUUGUUUAUUAUUGUAUAGUUGUACCUUAUUAAUUGAUGUCAUAGUUGU